AUUGCCUAACGAAGCCCUAAUCCUUUCAGCAGAAAUCACCCACAACUCCACAAGCCAGAAGAGGGAUCUGGGAUCAGCAGUUCAGCACCGCCAUCGCCACCGCAUCCCGCAGCGACAGCAGCGACGGCGUUGAAAGCCGCAACCACCACCGUGUCCUGUUUCGUAGCCGAGCUCGCCUCCUCCUUCGUCAUCGCCGAGCUCGCCUCCUCUUCCUCCGCCGUUACUCGCCGCCGAAAGAGUAGAGGGAUUCAACUUCGAGCAAAGGCAUGUGAAAAAGAGGGUAAGGGUGGCUCGCGUGUGGAAGACGAAGGAAGGAAAACACUACGUUGUGGAGUGGCGAGUCAGCAUCAGCCUCCUCUCUGAUUGUGUCAACUCUUAUCUCCGUGAUGAUAACUCCGAUAUCGUUGCCACUGACACCAUGAAGAACACUGUAACCUUCUUCUUCCUCUCUUCUUCUGUGUAUAUGCAAAAGCCAAGGAGUGCUCUGAACUACUUUCUGUUGAGAACUUUGCUAUUGAGCUUGCCAAGUACUUUAUAUCAUUCUAUAGGCAGAUGUAAAUUUUCCAGUGUACACGAAUCCGUAUUUGGCGCUCCUGUGGAUGAAAUCUUGGUCUCUCAAUUCUCGUAUUGCAAAUGGGAAGCUUAUUAUGAUAAAAUGAUGCCCCUUUUUGGGUGCUGGUGAAUUAUGGUUGCGAGGUUAUCAACUAAGGUAUUGAACAUUUGCAUAGCAUCAAUGUGCAAAGCCAAAAUCGACGGCAUAAGAUUGGGCGUGCUCCCUGAUGUGGUCACAUACAACACUCUAAUAGAUGCGUAUUGUCGUUUGGAUUGCGUCGACACAGGCUAUUCUGUUCUAAGUCGAAUGAGGGAGGCAGGGAUACCCCCUGAUGUUAUUUCUUACAAUUCUUUGAUCUCUGGGGCUGCCAAGAAAUGCUUGUUGUCGAGUGCCUUGGACCUGUUCGACGAAAUGCUUCGAGCAGGUAUACACCCUGAUGCUUGGAGCUAUAACAUUUUGAUUAAUUGUAUGUUCAAGCUUGGGAAACCAGAUGAGGCGAAUCGUGUUUUUAUGGAGAUGGCGCUUAGUGAGCUGCAUCCUUGUUCGGCUACAUAUAACAUCAUGAUUAAUGGGCUGUGUAAGAAUGGAUAUGUUAACAAUGCUAUUAUGUUGUUCAGGAACUUGCAACGCCAUGGAUUCAUUCCUGAGGUGUUGACGUACAACACACUUAUUAAUGGACUAAGCAAGGCUCGACGAACGGGGACAGCUAGGAGGAUUCUUAGGGAGUUUAAGGAAGCAGGUUAUGAACCUAACUGUAUUACCUACACAACGGUUAUGAAGUGUUGCUUCCAGUGUAGGCAGUUUGACGAAGCGUUAGAGAUCUUGCAUGAGAUGAGGAGUAAAGGGUACACUUUCGAUGGCUAUGCAUACUGCACAGUGAUUGCUGCACUGAUAAAGAUCGGGCGGAUUGAAGAAGCAGAUGAAAUCGUCAGGCUGAUGCAGCAUAGUGGUAUUCAACCAGAUUUAGUGUCUUAUAAUACAUUGAUAAAUCUUUACUGCAGACAAGGAAGAUUAGAUGAUGCCAUGAAGUUAGUAGGCGAGAUAGAGAAAGAAGGUCUGGAAUGCGAUCAAUAUACACACACGAUUAUAAUUAAUGGAUUGUGCAAGGCAGGCAACUUUUUAGGUGCAAAACAGCAUUUGAUUUAUAUGAACUCACUGGAGUUUGGUUACAAUUUGGUUGCGCAUAACUGUAUUCUUCAUGGAUUGGGUAAAGCAGGUCAUAUUGAUCAUGCAAUGAAAUGGUUCGAAUCGAUGGAAGUUAAAGACUCUUUCACGUAUACCAUCAUAGUGCACAACCUUUGUAGGGCUAGAAGGUUCCUUUGUGCCUCCAAGAUCAUGGUUUUGUGUCUAAAUUCUGGGUUUCGGAUCUUAAGGGCUACCCAGAGAGCUGUUAUUGAUGGUCUUUGUAGUAUAGGGUAUACAAAUGAAGCAAGGAAACUCAAGCUUAAACUACGAGUGAUUCGACUAUUACAUGAUUAAAUGGCAGUUGAUGUUUGAGUCUUCAGAUAUGUACAAUACUUUGCUGUCCAAACAGAAGAAUAAAGCUCUGAAUCAUGAGCCCCAUUCUUGAUCCAUAUAUGUCAUCCUGAGGGAUACAUUGCUGGAAGUGGUAAUUUACUAAUUUAUUUGAUUGAGUAGGCUAACUGCAGUGUCUCAUUGUGGCUUCAAAUUGUUUAAUUAUGUACAUCAAUUAAAUAAAACUUCGUAAAAACCAAUUUAAUUUUCA